ACAGGUAGUUGCAUCAAACCCCAGAAUCAGUCAGAGAGCACCAGUCAACCUUCAGCCCUGACUGGGGCUGAACUCUGCUCCUCUGCAACUGGGACCUCUACUUGAAAGGAUAUUGGGAGAUGUAGUUGAAACGGAUUGGUGAUGCAUUUGCAGAGGUGGAUAUGAAGCUGCAGCGAAGCAGUUUACUCCAAAGGAUCUUGAUGUCAACAUUACAGGCAGGUCCUUCAUGAUCACUGGAGGUAACAGUGGAAUCGGCAAAGCCACGGCAUUAGAAAUUGCGAAAAGAGGGGGAACGGUUCAUCUUGUUUGCAGAAACAAAGAGCGAGCUGAAGCAGCCAAAGAGGAGAUAGUGAAAGAGAGUAACAAAGAGGAAAUCUUUGUGCAUAUUCUUGAUAUGUCCAGGCCCAAGAUGAUCUUGGAAUUUGCAGACAAAUUUCAGCAAGAAAAUAACAAACUUGAUGUUUUGAUUAACAACGCAGGCUGCAUGAUCAAUCAGAGAGAGUUGACCGCAGAUGGAUUGGAGAGUAACUUUGCCACAAAUACUUUGGGUACAUACAUUCUCACUACCGCGUUGAUGCCUCUUUUGAAAAAAAAUGAAGCUGCCAGAGUGAUCACAGUAUCCUCGGGAGGAAUGUUGGUUCAGAAAUUAAAUAUCAGUGAUUUGCAAUUUAAGACUGGCCAAUUUGAUGGGACCAUGGCCUAUGCACAGAACAAGCGGCAACAAGUUAUUAUGACGGAACAAUGGGCUAAAAUGCAUAAAGAAAUACACUUCUCCUCAAUGCAUCCCGGUUGGGCUGAUACACCAGCAGUGAGAACUUCCAUGCCUGACUUCUAUGAAAAAAUGAAGAACAGGCUGCGGACAGAGGGUCAGGGGGCAGAUACAGUGGUGUGGCUCGCGAUCUCCAAUGUACAAUCACAGCAUCCCAGCGGACUCUUCUUUCAGGGAAUGGCUGAGCAAAAAGUACAACUUUCUCUUUCCGAGAUUGUUAAAGAAGUAGCUGAGCAACAGGACCGACAGACAGUAGAGGCACAAGACAACAAUAACCUUCUUAGAUACCUCCAGGCCCAAUUAUCUAAACAGGAGAAAGAAAAACAAGUGGUUUUAAAAGAACUCAGAACAAUAGAGAAACAGAUUUACCAGGCAGAAGAUGAGUCAGAGAAUGAGGGUCAACUUUGUACUGACCUGGAGUCCCAGAUAUGGAGCCUGAUUGCAAGCAAUUCAAAGCUGAAAUUUAUCAUUCAAGAAGAAGAAGAAAAGUACGUGAAGUUGCUUUCCGGCUAUGAUAAAUACCGCAAAAAGAUAUUAGCUCACAAAGAGUUUAUUGGCCAGCUGGAAAGCAAGAAUCCAAUAAUGAUGCAGCUUGAAGAAAAAAUGCUAAUGAUGCAAAAGUUAAAAGCAAAAAAGAAGGAGCUGGUGGCAGAUCUUCAGAAUCCUGAAGGAAAUAUCAUAAAACAAGUACAGGGAGAAAUUACAGAUUUAAAGGCCAAGUUAUCGGAAAUAAAAGAAGCAAUCAAUGAAAAAUCUGUUUUAUUGAUCAAGGAACAAGAACGUCAUGCGCAACUUCGGAAAGAAAUAGAGGUUCAGAACAAAAGAUGUGAAGCCAUUCUGAAACGUUUAUAUUGCCAGUUAAAUAAAGUUCAAUCUAACAAGAGACACUGGACCUGGGAUAUGCAACAAAUGGAAAAAACUGCAGCACACUUGAGAAGAUGUCUUGGAAAUGCAGUGUAAAAGUGCUAGUUGGUAAAUUUACUGUGCUAUGCGAGUUUAUAAUGGCGAAAUCUAGUUAAACAUGCAUCUGCCAAGAUUAGUAAACAUCUCUUUCUCCAUUAUAAUGUAUUUAAAGUAAGAAUAUGUUUUCCCCAAUAACACUUUGUAGUUGCUUGGAAAAAAAGUUUUAAAAUAACCAUUUAAAUUUUGAAUAAAUUCUCUUAAGGCUAGGUAAAAGGCAGUCAUUUUAAGAUGUUUAAAUUACACUAUAUUUAAAAUAUAAUUAUAAAUGGGUAAAGGCUUUGUUAUUGUUCUUUAAUGUUGUUAACCUUGUAAAAAUUGGUUAAAAAUGAUUUUAAAAUUAAUGCAAUAUUUCCGCUUUGACAUUUAUGAAUAAUAAACUUGUGAACAAUAACUUGUGGCUUAUUAACCAAUGGCCUUAUGCACUUAUUAGAUAUUUUUCAAACCAUAUGUUACCAAUUGGCCUUGAGCCCAGUUUGGCAAAGUUAGUUAUACAGCUAUUUGACUGUGGGAAUUUUGUUGAAUUUUUGUUUCUCUGCAAAAAUAAGAAUACUAUUGACUCUCAAAUAAAAGAAUUAAAGAGU